AUGGCGAACAGACUCGAUGACUUGGAGGACGAUGUUGUGGUUGAGAUUCUGUCUCGGCUGCCCGUGAGAACCCUAUGCCAGCUCAAGUCGGUUUGCAGUCGCUGGAAUGCCAUAAUUUCGAGUCCCUAUCUAGUUUCUACCCACCUCAAGAACUACACGAACGGCCCAGCCGGUGAUGCCUACCAGACCCUCAUGGUCUAUGAUUCCAACCGUUACUUGAAGCCAAAGAUAGUGCAAUUUGAAUUUGAUCCUGAUGGUGAUGUAUCUCAAAUCUGUUAUCUGGACAGCAUAAUGCCCAUUCUUGCCGGACCCUGCAAUGGCGUAUAUUUGCUGGGCUUUAGGGAGACUGAGGGUCAUGUGUUCCUGUGGAAUCCAGCAACUGGCUCGUUGUCUAGUAAAAUACCAUUGCCCAGAACCGCCAAUGAUUCCUUUGGUGUUGACAGCUUUGGGUUUGGGCUGCAUAAUACAGUUGCUGAUGAUUUCAAAAUAGUUGUGAUUCGGCAAGUCUGCCCCCUUGGCGACUGGCCUUACUACCCUAGAGAGCAACCAAGAACAGGCUGUUGGUCAUCUCCUGAGUUUCCUUCACAAGUGAUGGUGUACACACUGGGCACUGGUACUUGGAGGGUUUUGGAAGAGUUCCGGCAUCCACUCGAGAUAGUUGGAUUCACUAAGGAUUACAGGUACUUGAACGGGUUCUAUUUUUGGUUAUGUGCACCUCCUGUCGCGGCGCUGGCUUUCGAUCUUCGGAGUGAUGUUUUCCGUGUGAUAGAUGACCCCAUACCAGUCACCUUUAAUGGACAAUAUGAUAAAGGGAUGAAGCAACUUUUCCUGUACAAGAAUUCGCUUGCCUUAUGUAUUAUGCAGGAGGGGAGUAGUGGUGUUGGUGGAUUUGAUAUGUGGCUACUGAGCGAACAAUGGUGCUGGAUCAAACAUUUAGCUAUUGGUCCUUUCAUUCCAAAAGAUUUGGUGGCGGUUGGAUGUUGGAGGAACAAGCAGAUUAUUGUUCGUACUGUAGAUCGGACGGAGGAGCAGAAUGACACUAAUUUGCUAUUGUUCGACCCUGCUACUCAAGGCAUGAAAGUUUUAAUCCUAGAUUGUCUCCCAUCCGGAGUCCAUUACUAUAGAGAUAGCUUGGUCAAUGUAAGCAACAGCAGUGGUUGGUUUAGCACGACGGUGAUUGUAACCAACACGAGGAACUUCCAUCUCGAUCAAGGCAACAUCGACAUUGUCAUCAAAGGAUAUGGAGGGAUCAGUGGAGCAGUGUUCACUGAAACAUACCAUGUCUUGCUCCACGGUUCGUUCUCCAUGCUCCUGAUCUUUCUCGCAAUUGGGAUUCCAGUUUUGUGUACUGCAGUGAUGUACUUCGUGAGAGAUUGUCCUCAGUCUUCAACAUCGCGUCUUUAUGCGUCUCUCUGCUGCGAUUCCAACUCUUUCUGUGUCUCUCUGCUGCGUCAAUUGCCCUACGGCGGCGGAUCGUCCAUGGAGCCAGCCAUUGAGCAAAACAUCUGGACUUUUGCAGCAGCACUCCCGCUUCUCUUCGCUGUUGUCUCUGCGGCGUCGAUUCUACGACUUGUCUACCGUAACUUCGUCGGUUUCCUGACGCCAUGGAAAUCUGGAGGCCAUAGCGAGGUAUCCACAUCUGUAAUGGUGAACACACUCGAUGACAUGGAGGAACAUCUAGCUGGUGCCUCUGCCUUCAGCUCCAUCGUGAGCUUUGUACUAACCUUGAGGAUCAAGCCAGUUUACGAGACCCUUUAUGCUGGUGGCUCAUUCAGGCUGCCUCGGACUUCUGAUGAUCAGUAA